AUGUCAUUUAGUAACGGUAAUAUGGCUUCCUACAUGACUAGUAGCAAUGAAAAGGAACAGAGUAUAAACAGCAAAAACGAUACAGACGACAGCAGCGCUUACAGACGUAAUAAUAUCAGAAAUAGUAGCAAUUCAGGAUCACAUACGUUUCAAUUAUCAGACUUGGACUUGGAUGUGGAUAUGAGGAUGGAUUCCACCAAUUCAUCGGAGAAUAUAUCAAAGAACUUUUCCUCUGGCAUCCCGGACUCGUUUGAUUCCAACGUAAACAGUUUGUUGUCUCCGUCAAGCGGUUCUUAUUCUGCAGAUUUGAACUACCAAAGUCUAUACAAACCAGAUCUUCCACAACAACAGUUACAACAGCAACAACAACAACAACAACAACAACAACAACAGCAGCAGCAGCAGCAGACACCGACUUUGAAAGUCGAACAGUCUGGUACAUUUCAAUGGGACGAUAUCUUGACACCUGCUGAUAACCAACAUCGGACAACCCUCACAAACCAGUUUUUAUCCCCAAGGUCUAAUUACGAUGUUAACAACAGAAGUUCGGGCAAUGACUCCAAUUAUAGUGAUACGGAAUCAAACUAUCACACGCCUUAUUUGUAUCCACAGGACUUAGUUUCUUCACCUGCGAUGUCUCACUUGACUGCCAACAACGAUGAUUUCGACGAUCUUUUGAGCGUUGCAUCUAUGAAUUCAAACUAUUUACUGCCAGUAAACUCACAUGGUUACAAACACAUUUCAAACCUCGAUGAGUUGGAUGACUUGCUGUCUCUAACAUAUUCAGAUAAUAAUCUUUUAUCAGCAUCAAACAACAACGAUUUCAACAGCAGCAACAACGGUAUUACUACCACUGAUACUCAAAACAGUACCAUUGCCAUUAAUAAAAGUAAAACUGGCACAAACCAAAAGAUGUUAUUGACUAUUCCAACUUCUUCUACACCUUCGCCUUCCACUCAUGCUGCCCCGGUAACACCCAUCAUUUCUAUACAGGAAUUUAAUGAGGGACAUUUCCCAGUUAAAAAUGAAGACGAUGGAACCUUACAACUAAAAGUUCGGGAUAACGAAAACUAUGGUACCACUAACAGCAACAAUUUACUCCGUCCAGAUGAUAAUGAUUACAACAACGAAGCCCUCAGUGAUAUCGAUCGCUCCUUCGAAGAUAUAAUCAACGGUAGAAAAUUGAAACUUAAAAAAUCAAGAAGAAGAUCUUCUCAAACUUCUAAUAAUAGUUUUAGUAGCAGGAGGUCUUCGAGAUCAAGAAGUAUAUCUCCCGAUGAGAAGGCAAAAUCUAUAAGUGCAAACAGAGAAAAGUUGUUAGAGAUGGCGGAUCUUUUACCAGCGAGUGAAAAUGACGUCAAUCAAGAGCGCCAUGACAACGAUAGCAGAGCUAGCUAUAACGACACCAUCAAUAGCGGCAACAGUAAUGAGGAAAAUAGUAACAACAAUUUAUUAACCAGUCAAGCAGAGAUUGAAUCGGGCAUUGUCAAUAUUAAAACUGAACUGGAUAACACCAGUAAGGAUCUCGGCAUACUUCUAGGCAUAGAUAACUUGAACCAAUUUGAGCCAAAAGUGGGAUUCAAAAAUGAUGAUAAUCACGAAAAUAAAGAUAAUGGCCCAUUUUCUUUCAAGAAAAAUGACAAUCUAGAAAAACUAGACAGUUCAACAAAUAAUAGGAAGAAUCCUGCAAAUUUUGCUUGUGAUGUAUGUGGUAAGAAGUUCACAAGGCCUUAUAACUUAAAGUCUCACUUAAGAACGCAUACAAAUGAAAGACCAUUUAUUUGCUCCAUUUGUGGUAAGGCAUUUGCACGUCAGCAUGAUAGAAAGAGACACGAAGAUUUGCAUACAGGUAAGAAAAGGUAUGUGUGCGGUGGUAAACUGAAGGACGGUAAACCCUGGGGUUGUGGCAAGAAGUUUGCAAGAAGUGAUGCUCUUGGUAGGCAUUUCAAAACUGAAAGUGGUAGAAGAUGUAUCACUCCCUUGUAUGAGGAAGCUAGACAAGAAAAAUCGGGACAAGAAAAUUAA